AUAUUAUUACAAUGCCCCAUUGCUUAGUAUCAAAAGCACUUCGAGCUAUAGCGACGAAGAAACGAGAGUUCAUGAAAUUACGGAAGUCUCUAUUACAUCAACAGGACUCGUUCUUGGAGCACCUGGCUGCGUUGAAGGAGCUUGAAUCUCGAGCUGGAGUUGCCGACGAGACUUUGACUGACAUCAGAAUAGUUUCGAUACCAGGGUGGCCGGCUCACGAUCUUUUGUUGCUGUUGCGAUGUGAUGGUGAAAGUCCACUCAAAUCGAGUGGUUGUUUAGGAGCACAAGUAAUGCAGCAGUUACAAGCCCAACUUGGGCCUAUACCCGAACAAGUGUUGAGUAUGGGAGCUGAGAUCAUGGCUCGACGGAUUGAAUUGCUUAACAUUCUGCGCUGCAAACAUCGUUGUGAUCGUGCCACGUACCAUACAAAUUUAGAAUGGAAAAGCAAAAACAGCGACUAUGAUAACGAAACAGAGCAACUGCAUAGACUUGUUGCUGGUACUGCAGAAAAUUUGAAAGAGAAGAUUGCAUAUUCCAUGGAUUUAGUAAAGGUGCCUUGGUUGGAUAGAGAAAACUUUGUGAAAAAAAUCGAGCGCCUACAAAAAGAUAAUAGCUUGCUUCAUAUGAAAAUCGAGGAAUUCACGAAAAAGGAAAACCAAGCCGAUGGUGAAAAGCCUGAAGAUAAUGUAGACAGUGCGGAAAAAUACAAGGCGGUAUGUGAUGAAUUGGCCAAGGAACAAGCGGCACGAGAGGCCUUAAAGGACGUCGUCACAGCUGCCGAAAGUAUGCUGCGAGUGGCGAGGGCCCGGGUCGCGACUCUGGAGAAGCAGCUGAAGGAUACGCGGGCGGAGCUGGAGAUUGCUCGUAAGAAGCACAAAGACCUGGAACAACUUUAUCGUCACCGAGAAACUAGCUAUGAUGCUAGGUCGAGAAAGCUUAUAGAGGUUUCGAAGACUGGAGAAAUGACUAUUGACGCUUUGUCACGACAACGAGAUGCUUUGGAACUGAGGGUGAAAGAGUUGAGAGAAGAAGCCGAAACCGCAGAGAAAGAGGCUGCUCUACGAGAACAGGAUCAAAAGGCGCGCAACGAGAUGCUGCAGGCGAAGGAAAAAGGAAGAAAGAUCGCGCAAUCAAAUGUGACAGAAUUAGAGGCUCGGAUAAAGGAAUUGGAAGAACAAUUACGAUCGAUUCGUGAACGAUCAAUGCGUCUUGUUGAUUUGGAACGCAAACGUGUUUUGGAAUACAUACCAUCGAAAGAAACUGAACCGUCUGAUAAUGAAACGGAGAUUUGGAAGGAGCUUCAGGUGACACGUGUAGCUUUAUCAAGAGCCGAAGAUGACCUUCGUCAAGCCCGAGCUGACAAGGAGAGCUUUUUGAAUUCACUAUCAAAGAUUGCGCAAGAAGAAGGAGCGAAUAAAGAUGAUAAAUUGGCAACUGAAUUAUUAAGUAGAGAACAGAAGAUAUUGGCGCUCCAGCGAGUGAUCGAAACCCAUUUAGAAAACGAAAAAAUUAUGGAACAAAGUAUGACUGAAUAUGAAAAUCAGCUUGCUGCAAUGCGUUUGGAGAUAAAAAAACUGCGAAACUAUGAUUGUUAUUCCAAAGAUAUAACUUACCAAGAUUUACAAACAGAGUUACUAGACAUGCAGAUACAAGUGGAAACGUUAAAACGAGAGAGAUCCGCCCUGGUAUCAGCCGCGGCGUCUCGCGCCCUCAUGCUGGAGAGGCAUGAGCGAGCUGCCGACCUCUUUGCGAAAAUGACGCGGGCUCGGAGGGACUUACAAGCUAUCCUAGAAGGCCGCCCUGAUCCACCUGAAUCUGAUGCCUCUAUAUUCCCUGAGGUAUCGCGAUCGUUGACAUCUAUGUCUUCGUACGCGGCGGAUACGUGGUCAGCCUUACGAGCCGAGCGUGCCAGAGUUAUUCAUUUGGAGAGCGCAGUUUUGGCGCAAAGUUUGCAGCUCGAGAGGGAAGGCCGAGUGAGAACGCAACUAGAACGACGAAGAGCGAUACUUGAGCGUGAAAUAUUGAGGACCCAUCACAGUACAGGUUCCUCGCAACCACACAGUGUGUUUAAUAGUAAAAAUUCCAGCCAGUUUUAGGAUCUGUGACAAAAAUGUUUGUGAAAAUAAAUUAUAUUAAAAC